UGGGCUCCGAGCUCGGCGGAUCAGAAAUUGAGUUGCUGUGGAUUCCCAGUCGAGGUGAUUUAGAGAACCCACGCGCGCGCGUGUGUGUGUGUGUGUGUGUGUGUGUGUGUGGGGCGGAAUCGAGGUAAAACAGCAAGAUUAAAAAAAAACAGGGAGAGGACAAAAACAGGACAACAGCAGCAUCUGAAAUUCUCCAAACCAACAAGCAGUGAAGAGCAUCACAGGGUGUCGUCCUCCCGUUUCCACAAAAAAAGCAAGUCUUGUCACUGGAAUUAUCGGAGCAGGGAUUUCCAAAGCGUCCCUGAUAUUAUAUAUAUAUAUAUAUCUAUAUACACAUAUAUAUGUAUAUAUAAACAAAUCCUGGGAUUGUCGUGUUUUACGAGGUCCUGUUUGGAAUUAAACCUCUCCCCGGCGUCUGGUACAAAAAAACAAAACCCACACACGAGAGAGGAGAGAGUGGCGGGGGUGGGGGGCGCGGUUUAGGACGGCGUUCAGUCACCACGCCAGUCUAUCUGUCGACCACUUCCAAGCAACGGACCCUCAUUGAGAAGAGCUGUCAGUCACCAGGGUCAGGGCGGUUCUCUGUCGACUUCAGUGCAGCCAAAGGACUUGAGAGAGCGAAAGGGGAAACAUUCUCAGUGGAGUUGGAAGCGGUCCGGGCUCUACACCAGCUGCAUGCGAACAGAGUGGCCGGAGAUGGCCCACCGAAGUGUUUGCCUGUUCAUCAGUCUCGUGGCUGCACUCCACCAGGCUUCCCCCUCCGGCGUCUUUGAGCUGAAGUUGCAGGAAUUUAAUAAUCGCAAGGGGCUGACUGGGAACGUGAACUGCUGCAAAGGCUCCUCGGCCUCCAACUACGGCCUCCCGUGCGAAUGUAAAACAUUCUUCCGCGUCUGCCUCAAGCACUACCAGGCGAAAAUCUCUCCCGAGCCGCCGUGCACUUACGGCAGCGCCCUGACUCCCGUGCUGGGCUCCAACUCCUUCUCCAUCCCGGACGCCGAAGCCUUCAGUAACCCCAUGCGGUUCCCCUUCGCUUUUACCUGGCCGGGAACGUUCUCUUUAAUCAUUGAAGCUUUGCACGCUGAGCCCACUGAUGAUCUGACUACAGAUAACCCCGAUCGCCUCAUCAGCCGCCUGGCGACCCAGCGGCACCUCACGGUGGGUGAUGAGUGGUCCCAGGACGUGCACACCAGCAGCCGCACCGAGCUCAAGUACUCUUACCGCUUCGUCUGCGACGAGCACUACUAUGGGGAGGGCUGCUCCGUCUUCUGCCGGCCAAGGGACGACGCGUUCGGCCACUUCAGCUGCGGCGAGAAGGGCGAGAAGCUGUGUAACCCCGGCUGGAAGGGAGCCUAUUGCACUGACUCUAUCUGUCUCCCUGGCUGUGACGAGCAACACGGAUACUGCGACAGACCUGGGGAAUGCAAGUGUAGGGUGGGAUGGCAAGGACGUUACUGUGAUGAAUGUAUUCGUUAUCCAGGCUGUCUUCAUGGAACAUGUCAGCAGCCUUGGCAGUGUAAUUGCCAGGAAGGGUGGGGUGGUCUCUUUUGCAACCAGGACUUGAACUACUGCACUCACCACAAGCCGUGCAAAAAUGGUGCCACAUGUACCAAUACCGGCCAAGGGAGUUACACCUGUACUUGUCGUCCUGGCUACACAAGCUCCAACUGUGAAACUGAGAUCAACGAGUGUGAGGCCAAUCCAUGUAAGAAUGAUGGGACCUGCACGGAUCUGGAAAACCACUACGCUUGUACCUGUCCACCAGGCUUCCUUGGUCGAAAUUGCGAGCUGACUGCCAUGACGUGUGCAGAUGGGCCCUGCUUUAAUGGAGGAAGAUGCACAGACAAACUGACUGGGGGCUACAGCUGCCACUGCCCUGCUAGUUACUCUGGAUUCAAUUGUGAGAAGAAAAUUGAUCACUGCAGUUCUGACCCAUGCACCAAUGGUGCUCAGUGUGUUGACAUCGGGAAUUCCUACAUAUGCCAGUGUCGUGCCGGAUUCACAGGGAGAAACUGUGACAUUGAUGCAGACAACUGCGCCAGCAUGCCUUGCCUUAACGGUGGGACAUGUCAGGAUGGAGUUAAUGACCACACCUGCAUUUGCCUGCCUGGAUUUAGUGGAAAGAAUUGCAGCAUCCCUGUCAGUAAAUGUGCAAACAAUCUUUGUCACAACGGUGCAACUUGCCAUGAGAGAAACAAUCACUAUGUCUGCCAGUGCUCCCGCGGAUACGGUGGACUUAACUGCCAGUUUCUGCUGCCAGAACAGCCUCAGGGUCAAACCGUUAUCAUCGAUGUUAAGGAUAAAUACACAGAAACUGAGAACAAGGGGCAGUUUCCGUGGGUGGCUGUAUGUGCUGGGGUUAUCUUGGUUCUGAUGUUGCUCUUGGGUUGUGCAGCAGUCAUUGUCUGUGUGCGAGUAAAACUGCAGAAGGGCCAGCAGCAGCAGCCCGAUAUCUCCAAGAGCGAGAUGGAGACAAUGAACAAUCUUACAGACUGCCACCGUGAGAAAGACAUCUCCAUCAGCAUCAUCGCAGCCACUCAAAUCAAAAACACCAAUAAGAAAGUAGACUUGCAAAGUGACAGCUCUACUGAGAGAAAUGGCUUUAGGGUCAAGUACCCUUCCGUGGAUUAUAAUCUGGUGCACGAGUUAAAGAGUGAAGACUUAAUUAAAGCUGAAAAUGAACAGGGAGAUGCUAGUACCGCAGAAGCAGAGCAAAAACGUGCUACACAGCAUAAUGGUGAACCCUCAGAAAGAAAGCGACCGGAGUCUACAUACUCUGCCUCAAAAGAUACCAAGUACCAGUCAGUAUAUGUCAUAUCUGAAGAGAAGGACGAAUGUAUAAUAGCUACUGAGGUGUGAAUAGGAAGUGCCAUGAUAGAAAGAUAACUUCCUUGCCAAGAAGAGAUUUGCUCCAGUAAACUGCUGCUCAUAUUGAACUGGUUCUCUGCUGAAAUUGGCAAGAAGACUUGAAGGACAAGACAGUAAGCCAGGACCCGGAACUCACGCAUGCCUGUUGCACUGCCUUUUAUUGGCUUUCUGGACGAAGAAAGGUCUAUUGCACUACUGACAAACAGUUGCUUCCAGUCUUCUCCAUAUGAAUUUGAUGCCUGACCAGAAAGGCUGCUCUGCCUUGUGUGUAAAAUCACAAGCAGGAAAAGACAAUGUCCUUGAUCUGGAGAUGCAAAAACUGCCUCUGAUGCCUUUUUUGGACAGCAAAUGUUUUCUAAUUGAUCAGAAGUGGAGAAGGAAAACAAAAAAUAGUAUUGUUUCAAGCGCUGAAGUAUUUUUCAAUAUUUUGUGCAGUCAGUGGUUCUAGAAGUUCAUUACACAUAAUUUAAAAAUCUGGUAAAUACAUUGAAAAGGCACUUCAGUUCUAUGUCUAUAUUUUGUACAUAAUCGUAUUUAUAGAAACAGGUGCAAAAAUUAUUGGAGUUGUUUGUAUUGUUUUUUUGUUA